AUGAACUCUGCUCAUGCUCAGAGUACUCUCAGACUUGUGAGUGUCCCUAGGACGGUUGCUGGCACAACAAUCACCAUCACUGGCCUCGGUGUAACUACGGAGUGUGAUCCAUUGAAGGGAAGCAGCCGGGACUGCCGCUGCCUUCCAGAUUAUCGGUGGAACGAUGACUCUUGCGCACGCCUACAGGCCUGUGAGGCUGGCGGCAUCUUCCAGUCCUUUAUCUCCGUCUUCCUUCCGCCCCCCUGCCAGUGUCUUCGCUGGACUUCUUCAGACACUGGUUACUGCCAGUCACCCUUCUCAGCCUCAAAAGUCUCAAAAAGCUCAACCCUUCCCCCCAAACAAGCUUCUGCUGGAGCAGAGGAUGAUCUGACGCUCUCCUUCAGCUUGACAGAAGGAGCCACUGAUGUGAAGUGGUACUUUUUCCAUCCUAAGUGGAGUGAUGCCAAAGAGAUUUACAAUGGGACAGAAAUUACGCUACUGCAAAAUGGCUCAAAGGCUGUCCUGAGGGUCUCUUCUUCUUCCCCAGACUGGGCAGGAGAGUAUAUCUGCCGCUUUCGGAAUGGAAGUGCCCUGCAGGAAUGGAGGCAGGUAGUUACAGUCCCCCUUGUAGCAGCAGACAUCGUCCAGACUCCAUCACAAGUCUCAAUGAACUGCAACCCCCUGGAUGUGCUGUCUCUACAGUGCUGCAUCCGAAACAGAGGAAUCCCAUUGAAAGCGUCCUGGAAUCCUGGAGCUCCAGACCCAGUUGACUUGGUGGGCACUGAAGAUUCACUCUGCCACUCCCUUGUCCUGAAUUCCUGUCCCAGCAGUGACACCACAUACCGUUGCACGUUUGAAAGCAGUGGCCUUGGAUCCGUACAAACAACUGUGGCAGUGAGCGUGAUUCAAGCUGGAGAUCUCUUUUGCCCUGGUGAGAACGUGCAGGGUCGGUGGAAUGUGACAAGGGCAGGACGGGUGGCUGAGAUCCCGUGUCCCACGGGCAGAGAGGGGACAAUGCUUCGGAGCUGCUUCUCCAGUGGGAUCUGGGGAGACGUCCAAAACAACUGUGCAAGCAAGGAGCUGCUUUCUGGGUUACACGAGGCUCAGUUACUCCAGGCAGGGCUGGGCAGUCCCCAAAGUGAGGUCCCUUGGAUGAUCGAGUGGCUGAAGUUGGAGGUGAAGCCUGACCAGAACCAGAAGAUCUACCCUGUGGACCUUCUGACUCUGGUUAUCACCCUGGACAUCAUCUCUGAGGUGGCUCUGGAUUCCAGUAUGCAGCUAGACAGCCAUUCUGUGACUGACUUGUUGAAUACUGUCAACUGGAUGCUGGAUUUGGACCCCAAGACCACGUGGUCUGAGGUCCAAGCUCGGAAUCAGUCAGCUGGCUCCAUGUUCCUGCAGGCAAUUGAGGACCUCACUAGUCUUCUGGUACCUCCAACCAGCGAGUUCAACUUGACCCUCCCCAACCUUGAACUCCAGAGCUCCACGUUUAACUUGACUUGGCUCGGUGACUUCAACAAAAUCUUUGACACGGAUCCCCCGCUCCGUUCUCACAUCUCCAGGAAAGAACUGGACGAAGUUGUGCACGAAGAGCAGAGCAUCAUCAUCACCAGUCUGGUGCUGAAGAAGAUGGAUCAGAUCCUGCCAGGACAUUAUGGUGUGGACUCCGGCCACAUCCUGGGUAGUUUAGUGAUGUCCAAUGCCAUCAUGUCCCCCAAUGGGAGUGUGACAGAGAUUGAUAUUGACAUGACGUUUGGUCUUCGGAACAUGACCUCCAACAUGGAGGAGAACCUGAUGGCUCAGUGUGUGUUCUGGAAUCACAACUUGCUUGAGGGGACAGGAGCCUGGUCUACUGAGGGAUGCCAGUCUCUCACCACAGAAAUGACUGAAAUAAUAGAAAAUACUAUUAACUGUUCCUGCCACCACCUUACUUCCUUCUCUGUCCUCAUGUCCAUCAACCCUGUGCCUGUCAGCUUUGCCUUGACCUUCCUGAGCAAGUUUGGGGUCUGUGCCACCAUUCUUGCUCUUGUCGCCAGCCUGUCCAUCUAUGCUCUCGUCUGGACGUCCGUGGUGAAGAACAAGGUCUCCUUCUUCCGCUACACCACAUUGGCCAACAUCUCCUUUUCUCUGCUGGUGGGGAGCUCAUGGUUCCUGGGUGCUUCCCUGCUCGAAGUCAGCCACGAAAGCAAGCUCUGUGUGGCUGCUGCUUUCUUCACCCAUUUAUUCUACCUGGCCACUUUCUUCUGGAUGCUGGUCCAGGCUCUCAUGCUCUGCCACCGCCUGAUCUUUGUCUUCCACCACCUGCCUAUCAGGUCCGUCAUCCCUGCUAUGAUCGCCGUAGGCUACCUCUGCCCUCUAGUCCUUGCUGGGGCUACGAUGGCUGCCUUCUUCCCUAAGCAGAACUACCUCCAAGAAACCAUCUGCUGGCUCAGUGCCAGCAGCAAAGCAAUCUACGCCUUUUCUAUCCCCAUCCUGAUCAUUGUGGCUGUCAACCUCCUGAUCCUGUUUGUGGUGCUGAUCAAACUCCUGAGGCCAUCGGUGUCAGAAGGAUCCCAUGGAGAGGAAAAGAAGGCUCUGCUGGGCGUUUUCAAAGCACUGCUUAUCCUCACGCCGGUCUUUGGUUUGACUUGGGGGCUGGGGGUCAUCACCAUGACAUCGGAGGCCUCCCGGUUUGUCCAUUACGCAUUUACUAUUCUCAAUUCACUUCAGGGUGUUUUUGUUCUGAUUUUUGCCUGCCUAAUGGACAAGAAGGUUAGUGUGCCUUUCACUCGCCAACAUACUUGCGCUCGUUUCUUUUAUGAAUGUUCUAGAGCUGAGCUGCCACCUCUAGCUUGA